AUGCAUGCACGACUAGGAUGGAUGAUAUGUGGAGCUUUAGCCGUGACAGUGAUUAACUGGUUGAUGACUCAUCUCGACCCGGUAUGGUUUCAUCACAAUGUUAAGGAAACCCAUCUAACACGUCCGGUGUCACAGUCCUGGCUUACAAGUUCACAAACUGCGGGAAAAGUGCAUUCAAGUAUAAGUCCGGUGUCAGAGAACUGGUUAACGAGCCCACAAACUGCGGGAAAAGUGCAUCAACCGGGGUCACAGAAGUGGCAUACUAUCCCCAGAACAACCGAAAAGGGCGUUUAUCAGGAUAUUGGUGUAAAGAGACUAGACCCCAUAAUUUACAGUGAGGCCUGCAGUGGGACUAUCAACGAUUCACGCCGCAAUACCUUCUUCAAUGACUAUGUCAAGGUGCAACACUACUUGGAUGACUUGUUCGGUAGCAUGGCAGACAUUAACGCGCUUUCCAAGGACGCAGAUCCGGUGUUCAUAAGCGAUGCGUCGUCAAAUCACUUCCGAGAGUCCAUGGAUAUGUUUAACAACUUCAACUCUGUUGUGCGAAAGAUGAAACCAAAUCUACGAAUGAUUUUCUAUGAUUUAGAUAAAAUCCGUUUGUCAGUGUGA